UAUUUCAGCUCUAGCAUGCGGCUGGUAAACUUGAACAUCGGCUCUGCCGUCGCCGUCGUCGUCGCCGUCGACGCUGUCGUCAUCGUCUUGGCCGUAGCCGCGCUCUCGCCUAUAAUAAGCGCCGGCGCUUGGCCCAGCGGAGAACUUAGUGAUCCGACGUCGGGCAAGCGUGGUGAAAGCGCCGUAUCGAGUACUGAUCAUUUGCAUUUGGAUCACAGCAUUAUGUCGGCCAGCUACGAGCAAGUCAAAGAUGUGGCCAAUCAUCCGGAGACUUAUUUGAUCGAUGUCCGCAAUCCGGACGAACUGGCGGCUACGGGCAGCAUACCCUCCAGCCUCAAUAUACCCUUGCCCGAACUGGAGUCCGCUUUGAAGUCAGCAGCCGAGGAUUUCGCACAGAAAUACGGACGCGCAAGGCCGGCCAACGAUGCGCAAAUAAUAUUCACCUGUCGCUCCGGCAGGCGGGCCCAGCAGGCCGCAGAGAUCGCCAAGAGCGCAGGUUUCUCCAACCUGAGCGUCUAUCACGGCUCCUGGCUGGAGUGGGCCGAAAAGGAGGGUCUGCCACAGUGAGAUCGCGAAUACCCUUCCCAUUUGCACUUGUUUUUGGCCUUCCAUAUUUCACAUACAAUUUUUAAAUUCAUUUUACGAUUUGUGCACACAACAGCAAAUAUGGCUUCGGAAUAAAUUCGAUUUUAAAAGCAA